AUGCGACGCCCGGCGGCCGUCGUCUUGGCGCAGGCCGACCUCGUGCGCAGCAUUGCAGCGUACCAAGAUGGCAUUCCGUACGCAAUUUCGGCGCUGGAUCAUGUGUGGAAGACGUCGGUGACAUUUCGCCGCAUGGGCUCGCUUGGCCUUGGCUUUUCGUACGCGAUCGACGGCGUCGUCGAGGGUUCGCACGCAGCGCUGCACCUUCUCUCGGUCGACCACCGCUUCCCAAUGCACUGGGCCAUGCUGAAAGGCCGCGACGACGAGUGCAUCGCGUGGGCUGCGCACUUCCAAUCGACGCUGCUCGCCCUCGAGGCCUUCCAGCCCUCGGCAGUCACGUGUGCCGCACGCUACGGGCGCGGUCGCGUCGUUCGCUGGCUCUUGGACCACGGCUUUAGCAUGACGCCAGAGUCGAUCACGCAGGCGGUGCUGUACGGCGACGUUGCGCUCGUGGCCUUGCUCUGCGAGCGCGCACCGACGAUGGUCCCAGGGCGCGUUCUCGCCGCCGCCGCCGCCUGCGGUCACUUGGACGUCGCACGCUAUCUGCACGCGCACUUUCCGCAAACGCUUCAGUCAAGUGGCGUCCUGAGUGCCGCCACCACCGCGCCUAUGAACGCCGAGCCCAUGCUGCGCUUUGUCAGCCGCGCCUUUCGCGGUCUCCGCCCGACGGGACGGGAUCUCUCCCUCGCGCUCUGCCAAGACAGCCUACCGCUGCUGUCAAUGGUCAUGGACCUCUUUGAUGAUCCACCCAUGACGUCGAGUGACACGUAUUUUGCACUGACACGCGAGUACGCGGGCGCGCACCCCGAGACAAUGGCGCUUCUCAUCGGACGCUGUGCCGCGCUUGGCCUGCCCACGGAGCUGCGUCACGACCAACCCGCGUACUGCAAUUGGGCAUCGAUCGUUAAUAGCCUCUGCGAUAUCCGCUCGUCGGACGCCGGCGUCAAGGAGCAAGCGCUGCUUCAGUUGGGCGAGGCGCCACCAUACGGUUGUGCCCGGCUCGAGCUUGUCCAAUGGCUCGUGCGCCACGGCUGCUCGGUCUCGUCCGAGGGAGUCGACGCAGCAGCCCGAUGCGGUGCAAUGGACAUCGUUCGCUUUCUAGAUGAAGCGUGCGUGGACGGCUUCUCGCCGACAACCAUGAACGUGGCGGCCGAACACGGUCAUCUCGACAUCGUACGCUACCUCCAUGAGCACCGACAUGAAGGCUGCACGCACCGCUGCAUGGAUGCAGCCGCCGCCAACGGCGACAUGGCCAUGCUUGCCUUUUUGCAUGAGCGCCGAAGUGAAGGCUGCAGCACAGAUGCGAUCGACCAUGCCGUGUUUGGUGGCCAUUUCGACGUUGUCAUGUACUUGCUUACGCAUCGAGAGGAGGGGUUCACGUCGGCAGCGCUUGACACGUGCCGCGCCAAGGCGAUGCGACGCUUGCUCGAAGCCAACAUCCGUCGCAUGCGCGGACGCUACGCGGCCUCUCGCUCGACGCCCGCACUCGCUAGCUGGGACACGAUGUAG